CCCUCAUUACGACACAACUUCCGGAUGCUGCAGUGAUGCAAUCGGCUGAAACUAAAAGUAGAAUUUAACUUGGCUGCAUUAAAUAGAUAGUUGCUGUCUACCAAUAAAUCUCUACCCACGACACCGAGGAUUUGUUUGAUGAACACAAGAAGGCAAGGGGGUCGGAUAGCCACGUCACCCCACACUACCUCCUGAUCUUUGGAAGCAAUGGCUAGCGCUGCCCCUCCACCAACUGCUGCCUCGACCGCGACUGAAAAUACAAGCCAGGGAUCCAGCAACUCUACGGCGGGGGAGGGGGGCAAUCCAGACAGCACGUUCGAAUGUAACAUCUGCCUGGACACCUCCAAGGAUGCGGUGAUCAGUUUGUGUGGACAUCUCUUUUGUUGGCCCUGCUUACAUCAGUGGUUAGAGACCAGACCCAACAGACAGGUGUGUCCAGUGUGUAAGGCCGGCAUCAGUCGAGACAAAGUCAUCCCGCUGUAUGGCAGAGGAAGCACAGGCCAGCAGGACCCCAGGGAGCGAACCCCUCCUCGACCUCAAGGACAGAGGCCAGAGCCUGAAAACCGAGGUGGUUUUCAGGGAUUUGGCUUUGGAGAUGGAGGAUUCCAGAUGUCUUUUGGCAUAGGUGCCUUUCCAUUUGGUAUUUUCGCUACAGCAUUUAACAUCAAUGAUGGAAGACCACCCCCAGCUGCCCCUGGAACCCCUCAGCACAUGGAUGAACAGUUCCUGUCCCGACUCUUUCUGUUUGUUGCUCUGGUGAUCAUGUUCUGGCUGCUCAUCGCAUAACUGUGUACUGUGCCUCAUGGAUGAACAGUUCCUGUCCCGACUCUUUCUAUUUGUUGCUCUGGUAAUGAUGUUCUGGCUGCUCAUCGCAUAACUGUGUGGGUUGCCGGUACCAAGACUCAAGUUGGGCAGUUGUAAAUACUAUUUUCCAGCUACUUUGUAUUGUCCAAUUCAAUCGGUUAGCCAUUGAUUUAUAUUCAGUGAUUGAGGUUAAAAAUUGCUGUUUGGUUACUGCUGUACUGUGAAUUCUACAGAAGUCAGACAUUUUAGUAUUUUUUGUUUGAGAACAUCUGAUUUUGUGAACUAAAAUGCCCAAAAUUCUCAUUUCCAUCAACGUUAUGUUUAAUAGACAACAAUUCAGUUUACCUGGCUGGUAAUAUAG